UAGCGCACACAUACCAUUUAGCUCGCCCGAAAGAAUAACACACAAGAAUUGGGCUCUCGCCUUUGCUCGGACUGUGUGUGCGUCGCGCGUGUGUGUGUCUGUUUGCGUGCGCUUCGAGACGGGUCGGAUGUCUGGGCCAAGUGUGUUAGAAAAGAUGAAAAGAUAGCCGUGGGUCCCGCAGCGGUGAAAAGCGUAUAUUCUGUGCAGAACCUGAACCAGUACCGUCUAGCAACGGUGGCAGCAGCAGCAGCCAGUGCCAGCAACAGAGUAAAUAGUGGUGCCAGUCGGCGGGUGAUAAAGAUUUGUGGUGCCGUGCAGUGCCAGACCAAGGCGAAAAACAGCCCUUUUUUUCGCUACCGCUACAGGGCAGGACUACUGUCACACGAACACACGGGGGAAAAACGGAUGGAUAUCGCACUGUAAAGUUGACCCAACCGUGUUGGUGUUCUCCCGUGAGUUGCGCGACGGUACCGCGACCAGCAAGAAACGUCAAGCCGUUUUUGUUUAUUUUUUUAUUUGCGUUUUUGCUUCGGUUUUGUUUUUGAUGCAUCACUUUGUCCCGUGUUCCGGUCCGUGUGUGCGUGUGAAUCCUCGCUAGUGAACAUCGUCGCAGCAACAAAGCUCAGCCUCAGCCAGCAUCUCACGAGCGAUGCGACAUUUGUACUUGAUCUGACCUGAUCUUUUGUCGGGCUGCGCCGGUAUAUGCGGGUGCGGGUAUGCUGCCUGGGGACAGCCGUGCGGUGUGUUAGGAUUUGUGUGCGCAUAUUCACUACAAACACAACACACCCGUCAUAUCAGAAGGUAGUGUCCAACGGGGACGUGAUGUGUGAUGCGAUAUGACGACGACGACUCACUGUUACAGUGCGUGAGGCGAUCAAGGACCCCCUUGUGUACGUGUGAGUGAUUGUGUGUGAAGUUUUGUUUUGUUGUUGAUUGUGGCGCUAGUGGCGACAAUUGUGUGCUGUAUUGUUGUUGGGGUGUGAAAAAUCGAAUCGAACGUACAAAGUGAACCAAUUCCGGCAAAUCUCUGUGUCUCUCUGCGUGUGUGUUGUGAGCGGUACGAAUCAGCACAACACACGGGUGAGCAGUGAGAAGUGAGAAGCACCGUACACGGAGCAAGAAACGUCAGGCAUCGCCGUUCGCCGUCGUAGCGAGCUUGUGGUGUGUGUGUUCUUGUGUAUGCGUGUGGUUUAUACGGAAAGAACACGGUACCGAAAAGAACACCGAUUGCAGCCAUCGCGCACCACCCCAUCACUGGCAUCUUCUCCGCACCCAUCGCGGGCAACUAAUUGUCGAUCAACACACAUCAACAUUCACCAUAAGCAAAGCUACAUAACCCAGCGUGUUCAACCCAGCAGCAGCAGCAGAAAAGCGGAAGCCAAUUACAACACCUCCCGUGUGUUCCCGUGUGUCCCUGUUUUCCUGUGUCUGUUUAUCUAAUAAGCGCCAGGAAGACAUUUACAAAACCUUCCAGACACUGUGACAGAGCAGUAGUAGCUAGCAGCAGCAGCAACACUCGCAAGCGAAUCCGUUCAAUCGAACCGUGCUGAGAGCGGUUGCAGCGGCCAAGUAGAAACAGGGCAGUUCUGGUGUGUUUGAAUGAACCCGAGGCGAUGGGAAUAAAAGCGAGCACCGCGAAUGGUGGACAGCAGAGUCCGAGAGCACGCACCUUUUCCACCAGCAGUAGCAGCGACGUCGUGUCCGGCACGGCAGGCGCACCGUACGAAAUGUCAUCCGCUAAUCCCGAUCCCGAUAGUAGCUCAGCGGAAGAAAAUGCCGCCGCUAGUGCUCCACUUGCUUUGGGAAGAGUGUACGCAACAUCACUACCUACUCAUAUCUGGUCAAUAAAUGGUAUAAAAUGUCCAGUAUGUAGCAAAUUUGUGACGCCUGAUGACAUUGAGUGUCAUUUAGUAAUGUGCCUAACGAAGCCUCGUCUAUCAUAUAAUGAGGAUUGUUUAGCCGAUGCAAAAGGCGAGUGUGUCAUUUGUUUAGAGGAUCUAUGUCCUGGUGAUAUCAUUGCUAGACUACCGUGUUUAUGCAUCUACCAUAAAGGAUGCAUCGACAAAUGGUUUGAGGUGAAUCGUAGCUGCCCGGAGCAUCCUGGCGAUUAGUGGGACAAUUCCAAUUUAGUAAACAAUGCAAGAACUAAACUUUACAAAACGCUAUCGUAUCCCCGCCACCCCGGAAACAUAUUGCCUAGUCCGUGCGCGACAUUAAACAACGCCCCCCCCCCCCACCCCCCCAGCAUGGAGGAACGAGGAACGUGCGGGCGGUACGACAACAACGACCACGACCACGACGCAAAGCAGCAGCAGCUAAUGGAGCAAAUGGUGUAGUUUUACUAAUUGUGCAACUUUCUGCACCGGCGCGCGUGUGUGUGUGUGCAGGAGCAGGGUAUUCAAUUUUUGUUGAUGUUGUUGUUAUAGACGUUGUUAUAGGCGUGCCGGAAGCGAGGAGGUGAAGCAGAAGGAUGAGCCCCAGAAGGAUGUGGGUACAUUUCGAAAACAAAGCAAAAGCAAAAUGGCGCAAUAGGAUAUUACAAAAGUGAUCACUAACACACACACACACACACACACACACACACACACACACUACUUGACCGCUUACAACUCAAGGGUGGUUUUGCUCGCCAUUCUGCUUAGUGGAAAACGAGGACGAGAGAGCGAGAGAGCCGGAAGGGAAACGGAAAGGACAAAAAGGAAACACAACACAACGAUGGUACGAUGCUCUCGGUAAUAGCCCAACCUAAAACAAAACAAAAAAAGUCAGUCAGUCAGUCAGCAUAUCUGUGCGAAUCUAAAAAAAAAAAAAAGCUUCGUUAAUCGUGUGUACGGAGCAAGCUUUAAUUCGGUUUAAAAGUUUAGAAUUGUGUUUUGGAUUUUUUUUAUCCCCAUUUUAAAUUGCCUUUCUCGUGUGUGUGUGUGUGUGCGUUUUGUUUAUUAAAUUUAUUUAUUUUGACAAACACCCCCACCACACCUCUAAGCACGCUCUAUAGGAUUUAUAAGGGGCUUUUAUAAAAAGCAUCUAAUUUCAAACUGUGUAUUUUUUGUUGUUGCUCCCCAAUUUUAUUAUUACUACCCUUUUCAUGUUCCUCCAUGCUAAAUAAUGUUUGGUCUUGUCACGCGUGUGUGUGUGUGUAAAAUUGAAUUCAAUCGUAGGAAGCAAAAUUGCAAAGAUCUCUCCUUUCUGUGCAGGGAAUUAACAAGCAGAGUACUACAAAGCUUAGCCAUAAAAAACAACACAUAUACACACACACACACACACGUAUACCCUACACGAACGAAAGCCCCGGGAUACAGGACGACAAAAAAAAACAAACACACAGACACACACUCCUUAGGGCGAAACUUUUACAAAAAUGCAGCAGCAAAAACAGGAAAAAAAAAUCCGUAAAAAAUUUGACUAGCUAGUGACAUAUGUAAAAAAACAAAUGGAUGGGAGAAGAAGCUACGAUUAAUCUAUAAAACUGUACAUAAACAAGCUAAACAUUUAGAGAUGGAGCGUGCAAAUCCCGGCAAGAAGAAAAAAAAAAUAACGAACAGGAACGAAUUCAUGGCACAGUCAACAGUCUGUGGCUGUGUGGACACGCAAACAAACUAUCACCACCCACAAACCACCCCCCCACCCCCCCAAAAACAGAAUUGCUGGGCUCGGGCGGAAGGCGCAUAGUUGGAAUCGUGGUUAGUGCUGCUGCUGCUCAGUAGUAAUAGUAGUAAGUAGUAGGAAGCCGCGCAGAUAAAUUCUAGCAAACGUGUGCCUCAUAGAGCGGAUUGGCUGAAUUUAUCCAGCACACCGAACAUCCCAACCCCCCCCCUUUUCCCCUUUUCCCCAUUUUGUCGUCCCCUACAGGAGGAUGGGAUUUAAAUUUGAAAAAGGGAGGUUUAUUCUUUUCCCCGCGUACGGACGUUUUGAAAAUGCGUUUUGCGUUACUUGCCGGUUCUCGGGCGACGGAGCUUUGGACGGUGAAAUUGGAACUUUUUUUUUUUUGCCACGUAAAAGAAGAGAGAGAGAAAGGUGAAAUGUAAAUAGUAAUAGAAAGUAGUAUAAAAGUCAAGGACUAAGGCGACCGAAAGAGAGAGAGAAGAGUGUGAGUGUGUGUGUGCGGAAAACGGUGCUAAAAGAAGAAAACGAAAACGAAAAAACAAAACCCAACAACACAUACUAAAUGGAGCAGAGGAACAAGAACAAGUGUAACGCAUAUAGCAAUAUAUAAACAGCAGGGAUAAUAGUUACUCUGGUUGGGAGCGCGCUCCGGUUGAACGGACGGGAGCAGGGAUAAGAGAUUGUUUUUUUUUCUUCUUAACCCUUUAUUCCCCCCCCCCCCCUCCCCAUUUCCGUGUUUGGCGCUAAGACGUUGUGAUACCACGCCGAAAAAAAAACAAAAUGGCUGCGCGCAAGCUGUUGCUUGCUGAUUUGCUGCUAACUCAACAUUAUAUGCGACGCAGAUACUAUUGGAAGGCAAAAUGGAUUAAUCAAUAGAACACGCAAAACGCUACGCAGCUAGGCAGUUGGGAAGGAGGAAAGAAGGGACCGGAAAACGUUUACCAAUCCCCCCCACCCCUCGCCAAUAUUAGUGAUAACCGAAUUGUAUGUGCAGCAGCGCUGCGAAGCAAAGGCAAAAAGCAAACUCACCCAAGUGAAAGCGAUCCGCGGAAUGCUACUUUCAAUUUCACACCCAUCCACAACCCACACGCACACAUAUACAAUGAAAACAACAACAAAAACGGGACCCAUUUACAAAAUUGCGCUCCACCGGGCAGGAUCAUCUUUUAUGUUCUUAAAAAAACGGGGCGACAUGUGCGUUACGAGAUACACUAGGCUAAACAUCGCUUCCAUUUGAACAACUGUUAAAUGCAGUCAGUUAGUUGGUUUUUUCUAUAUCUUCCUCAUGCACAUGACCCAGAGUAUAUUUUAUGUGUUUAAUUUUUUUUUUGCGCUAUUGUGUACCUCCUUUAUUUUUUAAUUCUUUCGCAAAGUGAUAUAAUUCUUUAAAUCUCGAAAUUUGUUUAGCAGGGAUCAUGUGGUGCACGGUUAAGAUAUUUCCCCCUAAAACACCGUUUGGUUGAAUUAGGCUUUGCAUUAGAAAGCUGUGUAAUACUGUACAUGAUUUGCAAGUCUCAUUUCGAUCUCCUUACGACCUUCUUGGGGGAGAUCUCUUCUCUACAGCUUCUCGAGCAUGGGCGCUCAAUCUGGAUCCUAUACCGUUCAGCUUAUCGAUCGAUCGAGUUGCUCGCGGAACUCAUCAUCAAAGCUCAUUACCGUUCCUUUCCUACCUGGUGGUCAUAUUGUUUUGUGCCAUUAGUAUCGGCCGCGCAUGAGCUGUCUGUGUGAGGGCAGAGAUGAGGAUGGUCUGCGAUAGUCCUACUAUACAUUCGCUAUCGUGUGUCGGUUUGAGCCUUAAGAAGAGAGCCUCUUUGUAUCUCGUACAUACUUGCCGAAUCGAAUCGUUUGAUGUUAAUUUCAAGUGGCGUGCUGAUGGACGCUGGUGGAGCACUCAGAAACACACAUACAAACACCUCCAACACACACACACACUCGUCAACUGUUAUACAUAAAGGCUCCGCAUUAUCGAUUGGGGGUGCAAAAAACAAAACAAGCUGGUGCAAAAUUAAACCACCCGGAAAAGAGAAGCGAACGAUCGUGUUUUAGUCAGUGAGGAAAGGAAUUUGUUUCAAAAUUAUUACGUUUUUUUUUCCAUUUGUUUGUAUAUGCCCCCUCCCACCACCCUACCAGUGUGAAGUGAAGCUCUCGCUCCGGGAAUAUAUUUUUUUUGUGAUUGAAAUUGUUUUUAGUCGAAAAUGAAAAGCGAAAUCGUGAUGGUAGUGUGGAUGGAAAAGCGGGUUGGUUUUUCUUUUUUAUUCUGGAGAGAAAAAAAAAAACAGGAGCGAAAAUAUUAGAAUAGAAUAGGGCGCGACGAUUGCGGGAUGGAAAGCAAAAAAACGUGAUGAGAGAUCUGCUGUAAAUAAAACUUUACACCCUUGAACUGGAAUAAUGUUUUUUUUCUGUUUUUGGUACCUUAAAAAUGCAUUAAGCAGGAUAACAGGAAAGUUGUAUGUGAGAUUGAGAAUGAACCCCGCUAGCGUAGGGAAACUAGAGAGAGAGGGAUAAAAGAACGUAGGAGGAGCUGCUGCUUACCAGUGGUAGGAAGUGUCUUCACUCUUCGGCUGGUUUAAUCCAAGGCGCUGCCGUCAGCUUUAAGCGCUUAGGAGAAAACAUUUCGAAACGUACCGCCGGUUGGUUUCGUUUCUGGGGGAGAGAGAAAGCUAAUCCACUAAAUCAACUGUUUCCAAGCCACGGAAAAAGGCAGCAUUAAUUAAAAGGGGAGGGGGGGGGGGGAAAGGGUUAGGGAAGCAUAGAAAGGGCCAGCAAAGGUGAUACAAAAAACAAAAACGUUGGUGGUAAGCGUAAUGGCCACGAGAGAACAGGAGCAAAACACAGUGAUAAACAAACACGUCGUCGGUCUGGGACGGGGAACGGUCUCUCGUCCUUUACUACGCAAAUACAGCCGCUUUCAUUACCCCGUUUAUUAUUAGCCAAAACGAAUAGAGCAACGAAAACUAAAGCAUAACAACAACAACAAAAUAAGGCAGAACCACAGAAGCGAGAGAGAGAGAGAAAAAAAUCAACAACCAUAAAAUAAUGAAGGCUCAAAAAUUGAUUAAAAGAGAGAGAGAGAGAAAGCGAAGAGCUAAAAGAAUAACUCCCCACAAGGUUGUUAGGCGAACGAAACAAACACAAAAAACAAGGAUCAAUCUCUUACAAAUUUUGUUUUACACGUGUGAUGCGCCAGCAAAGAAACGGGGUUAAACUACAGAAAAGAAAAACAAAAAAAAGAAGUAACAAAACACACACACACACACGCAGCAGCAGCAACAACAAACAUAGGUAUAAAUAAACAACAAAACAAAACAAACAAACAAAAAAAACACAUUGAUAAUGAUAAUAGUAGCAAAUAGUUAUAAAAAUGGGAGAAGAAAACAAACCCAGACCGGCGAACCGAGGCGAAGGAGAAAUCAAUGCGAGAGGGAGAGAGAGAGUGGCGCAGGCCCGCGACAAGCAUAUAGUAGCUAUAUUAUACCGAUUAGUGUUUAGGAAUUUAUGAAUAAUGGUGGAACGAAAAGGGGGAGUUGGGGAGGGAAACAGACAAAAAUCAUUGAUAAAUUCAAGCAGCAGAUGGGAACGAACGAACACAUGAUGAUGAAUGCGGCUGCUCGGUGUGGCAGGAACAGAACGCGGGACAGUGUAGUUGUAGUAAACAAAUAGAAUAACAUUAAAACAAAAUUUAGAAACAAAAAGAAAGAAAGAAAACCGAAAAACUCACCCCACGAAGAAGGUGCGUGUAGUGGCCCCGAAUGGUGGGGGGGGGGGGGCGCACGUGUAUCGGUAGAAGCUGUAUGGUGGUGAUGAAGGCGCGCGGGGGGAUAUGAUGGAAGAAGGGGGUCACCCCUGUUGGGCAGGAGUUAGACCAGGAGCAGUAGGAGCGCGCGCGCGCGAUGAAAUCUAUAACUGUGAUUACUAUUGAGACAAUUUAAACAAAACAAAACAAAAAAAAAUGAAGAAGAAAAUCAGCAGGAGAACGCAAAAUGAUGAUGAGAAAAAUCGGAAAAGUGGGGGGAAAACCCUGAUUAUCCACCAAUUUUGAUGGAAAUGCGAUAGAAAGUUAAAAGAGCGAUUUUCUUUCUGUGUGUGUGCGUUUCAUUUUUGGCGUAAAAUUUAAAAUUUUAAAUCGUAACUGAUUUUUCAAAAACCCAAAUUACAGAAUCAAUUUUUUCUUUCUCUAUCUUCUGUUUUAUUUGAUCCGUGAUUAAGUUUAUUUUAUUUGUCUAAUGUGAGGGAAAAGCAAAAAAAAAAAAGAACGCCAUAAUGUGUAUGUGGUUUGUGUUGAGUGAGCCUCAAUUUUCUGCUAUCAUUUCAAAUUAGUAAGCAACACUUAACAAACAAACAAACAAAAACAACAGUAAGCUAGAAAAGCUGUUCGUUUACGGAGGACGAACUGAGCGGAACGCAGUAAUUGUGGUGGUGAAUGCUAACAGACGGUGGAAGAGAGAAGGAAAGAAAAAAAAACAAAACACAAAACUGAACAAAAACCCCCCUAGCGAAUUAACACAUUUGAAUGCGAACAAAGAGAAAAAAAA